AUGAGUCCAGGUAAGUUACCCUCUGACACUAUUGAGAAUCAAGCUAAUCUUUCUGCUAUAACUACUAGGAGUGGUAAAAUUUUGAAAGGUGUCGAAAGAAAGAUACUAAAAAAUAGGGGUGAGGAAGUGGAAAAAUCUAAGGAAGUGAGUGAGAAGAAAAAAAUUAAUGAUAAAUCUGAAGUAAAUAAAGAUAAAGAAACCACUACUUUCCCCAAUGACAAGAGUUGUUGCAAGAUACCUUUUCCAAAAGCGUUAGUGAAAAAGAAUUUAGAAAAGCAAUUUUUUAAAUUUCUUGAGGUUUUCAAAAAGUUACAAAUAAAUAUUCCUUUUUCUGAAGCUUUGGAACAUAUGCCUGCAUACUCUAAAUUCAUGAAAGAGAUACUCUCUAGAAGAAGAAAGCUGAGUGAGGUAGAUGAGACCAUAAUGAUGAGUGAGGAGUGUAGUGCUAUCUUGCAAAGGAAACUUCCACAGAAAAUAAAAGAUCCUGGAAGUUUCACACUUCCUGUGGAAAUUGAAGGUUUACCUACUGUUAAGGCUCUCUGUGAUUUGGGAGCAAGCAUUAAUUUGAUGCCUCUCACCAUGUUGGAGGGGUUGGGUUUAGGAGAGGUCACUCCCACCAUGAUCAACCUACAACUAGCAGAUAGGUCACUCAAAACUCCUUACGGGAUUAUAGAGGAUAUUCUUGUUAGGGUAGAUAAAUUUAUUUUCCUUGUGGAUUUUGUUAUAUUAGAUAUGGAAGAAGAUGCUAUAAUACCUCUCAUCCUAGGAAGACCCUUUUUAGCAACUGGUAAUGCAAAAAUUAAUGUGAGGAAGGGAAUUCUUUCUUUGAAAGUAGGAGAAGAAAAAAUGAAGUUUAAGGUCUUUGAGUCAUUGAAACAUAGGAAUGAUGAGAGUAUCUUUAGUGUUGAGGUAGUGGAUGAUGCAUGGGUUAGUCCUGUGCAAGUGGUUCCCAAGAAAGGAGGAAUCACUGUUGUUCCCAAUGAGAAUAACGAAUUGAUCCCCACUCGUCAAGUGAUGGGUUGGCGUGUGUGUGUCGAUUACCGGAGGCUCUAUUCAGCCACCCGGAAGGACCACUUUCCCCUCCCUUUUAUUGAUCAGAUGCUUGAUAAAUUAUCGGGGCACAAAUAUUCUUGUUUUCUUGAUGGUUAUUCUGGAUAUAAUCAAAUUGGUGUUGCCCCUGAGGAUCAGGAAAAAACAGCUUUCACUUGUCCAUAUGGGGUCUUUGCUUACAAGAGAAUUCCUUUUGGGUUGGGUAAUGCACCCGCCACAUUUCAAAGAUGCAUGUUUUCUAUGUUUUCUGAUUUAAUUGAGCAUUGCAUUGAAAUUUGUAUGGAUGAUUUCUCUGUGUUUGGUCCUACAUUUGAUGGUUGGUUGGAAAAUUUAGCAUUGUUCACGGUUAGGGAUGGGAUUGUUCUUGGACACCGUGUGUCUGAGGAUGGGCUAGAGGUAGAUAAAGCUAAAAUUGAAGUAAUUGAGAAACAACCUCCUCCCACAAAUGUCAAAAGUGUUCGGAGUUUCCUUGGACAUGCAUACUUUUAUAGGCGAUUCAUAACAGAUUUUUCUAAAAUUACCAAGCCCAUGACUAACCUUCUUGAGAAGGACUCUCCUUUUAUUUUUUAUGAAGCUUGUUUGAGUGCAUUUAAACUGAUUAAAGAGAAACUGGUCACGACACCUGUGAUUGUGGCGCCUGACUGGUCUCUGCCAUUUGAAAUAAUGUGUGAUGCAAGUGAUAUUGCUCUUGGUGUUGUUUUGUGUCAAAGGAAAGAUAGAGUGCUUUAUACCAUAUAUUAUGCCAGUAAGGUUUUGAAUGAAGCACAAAAGAAUUAUGCUACAACAGAAAAAGAGUUAUUAGCUGUGGUGUUUGCUUGUGAGAAAUUUUGGUCAUAUAUUAUUGGUUCUAAAAUUAUUGAGCAUACUGAUCAUGCCGCUUUGAGGCAUUUAUUUUCUAAACAGGACUCCAAGCCGAGGUUAAUCAGAUGGGUCCUACUAUUGCAAGAGUUUGACUUUUUGAUCAUAGAUAGGAGAGGCAAAGACAUUGGAGUAGCUGAUCACCUGUCAAGGUUGGAAGGUGAGAGUUCAAGCAUUUUGCCAGUCAAAGAAGAAUUUCCAGAUGAGCAUUUGUUUGCUAUCAAUGCAUCCGACACACUUCCCUGCUGGAAGUUUGUUGAAAGUUGUGAUAGAUGCCAAAGGAAUGGAAACAUAUAUAGGAAGAAUGAGAUACCCCUAAAUAAUAUUUUGGAAAUUCAGUUGUUUGACGUUUGGGGCAUUGAUUUCAUGGGACCUUUCCCACCUUCCUAUGGCUGCCAGUACAUCCUUGUUGCUGUUGAUUAUGUUUCAAAAUGGGUUGAGAACAAUGGUGUUAAACAUAAUGUUGCUACCCCCUAUCACCCCCAAACUAGUGUGCAAGUGGAAGUUUCCAAUAGAGAGCUUAAAAGAAUUUUAGAAAAAGUGGUAAGGUCAUCUAGAAAAGAUUGGCCUAGAAAAUUGGAUGACACUCUUUGGGCUUACCGCACUGCGUUUAAGACGCCUAUUGGUAAUUCACCUUACCAACUGGUAUAUGGAAAGUCUUGUCACCUACCUGUUGAAUUGGAACAUAAAGCCUAUUGGGCCAUUAAGAUUUUGAAUUUUGAUUUGAAAGAUGCUAGCGAGAAAAAGGUUUUAUAA